GCUCAGAAACUUGAUGAGAAUGACCCGGUAGUAACCACAGUCAACGGCAAGCUUCGUGGCAUCAAAAAAGAGCUGAACAAUGAGAUCCUGGGUCCCGUCAUACAGUUUCUGGGCGUGCCAUAUGCCGCUCCGCCGACCGGCGAACGCCGCUUUCAACCACCUGAGCCAGCAGCAUCAUGGCCUGACAUUCGAAAUGCCACACACUUUGCCCCGGUGUGUCCUCAGAGCAUCGUCGAGGGCCGUCUGCCAGAUGUCAUGCUGCCAGUGUGGUUUACCAAUAGCAUCGACGUGGUGUCCACCUACGUCCAGGACCAGAGCGAGGACUGCCUCUAUCUUAACAUCUAUGUUCCCACUGAGGAUGGUCCCCUUACAAAGAAACACACUGAUGAUUUAGGUGAUAGUGACCGCACGGACGACGAAGACAUUAGGGAGAGUGGAAGCCCCAAACCAGUGAUGGUUUUCAUCCAUGGGGGCUCCUACAUGGAAGGAACUGGGAAUAUGUUUGAUGGCAGUAUCUUGGCCAGCUAUGGGAACGUGAUUGUCAUCACUUUCAACUACCGCCUGGGCGUCCUAGGGUUCCUGAGUACCGGUGACCAAGCAGCGAAAGGGAAUUACGGCUUGUUGGAUCAGAUCCAGGCUCUGCGUUGGACCAGCGAAAACAUUGCAGCCUUCGGCGGCGACCCAUUACGAAUCACAGUGUUUGGCUCAGGAGCCGGAGCUUCCUGUGUGAACCUGCUUACGCUGUCUCACUACUCAGAGGGAAACCGCUGGAGCAACUCCACAAAAGGCCUGUUCCAGAGGGCCAUCGCUCAGAGCGGCACAGCUCUGUCGAGCUGGGCUGUCAGUUUUCAGCCUGCCAAAUAUGCUCGGAUGUUAGCCCGUAAAGUAGGCUGUAACCUGGAGGACACUGUGGAGCUCGUGGUGUGCCUGCAGAGAAAACAUUACAAGGAGCUUGUGGAUCAAGACAUCCAGCCAGCCCGGUACCACAUUGCCUUCGGCCCUGUUAUUGAUGGAGAUGUUAUACCUGAUGACCCUCAGAUAUUAAUGGAACAAGGUGAGUUCCUCAACUAUGAUAUAAUGCUGGGAGUGAACCAGGGCGAGGGCCUGAAGUUUGUAGAGCUUAUCGUGGACAAUGAGAACGGCGUCCAGGCUAAUGACUUUGACUACGCCGUGUCCAGCUUUGUGGAUGACCUUUAUGGCUACCCAGAGGGUAAAGACAUCCUCCGAGAGACCAUCAAGUUUAUGUACACCGACUGGGCCGACAGGCACAAUCCAGAGACGCGCCGAAAGACCCUGCUAGCACUUUUCACCGAUCAUCAGUGGGUGGCGCCAGCUGUUGCAACAGCCGACCUGCACUCCAGUUUUGGGUCUCCAACCUACUUCUAUGCCUUCUACCACCACUGUCAGACAGAACAGGUACCACCCUGGGCAGAUGCAGCACACGGAGAUGAAAUCCCUUAUGUGUUUGGGCUGCCAAUGAUCGGCCCGACGGAGCUGUUUCCCUGCAACUUCUCCAAAAACGACGUUAUGCUCAGUGCGGUGGUUAUGACCUACUGGACAAACUUUGCCAAGACAGGGGACCCGAACCAGCCUGUCCCCCAGGACACCAAGUUCAUCCACACUAAGCCCAAUCGUUUUGAAGAAGUGGCAUGGACACGCUACAACCAGAAAGACCAGCUUUACCUCCACAUCGGCCUGAAGCCCCGGGUCAAAGAGCACUACCGUGCCAAUAAGGUGAACUUGUGGUUGGAGCUGGUUCCUCAUCUGCACAGUCUCAAUGAGAUCUCCCAGCUCAUCCCAACCACCACCAAGAUCCCUCCACCAGAGGCUACUAAUCGUACACCAAAGACCAAAAUUCUGGUGACCAAGCGACCAAACCCGACACCCUUCCCCACUGAAACACAGGACAGCCACAACCAGCCACACCUGGUGGACCAGCGUGACUACUCCACUGAGCUAUCGGUAACCAUUGCUGUGGGAGCAUCCCUGCUUUUCCUUAAUAUCCUGGCCUUUGCUGCACUUUACUACAAAAAAGACAAGCGCCGGCAUGAUGUUCAUAGACGCUGCAGCCCCCAGCGGAGUGCUGCAAAUGACCUUGCCCACACUCAAGAGGAGGAAAUCAUGUCUCUACAGAUGAAGCAGCACACGGACCUGGACCGAGACUGCAGGGGGGUUGGCGACUCCCUGCACCCGCACGACGUGGUUCUGAGGACUGCCUGCCCACCGGACUAUACUCUGGCCAUGAGGCGCUCGCCAGACGACAUCCCGCUCAUGACACCAAACACCAUAACCAUGAUCCCCAGCACCAUGGGAGGGCUCACCUCACUUCACUCUUUCAAUACCUUCCCUAGCAGUGGCCAGAAUAAUACCCUGCCCCACCCGCACCCACACUCACACUCCACCACUCGAGUAUAGCCCUGUGGAUGCUCCCGUGCAGGCAGGACUCUGAUGGCUGAGGCUAAAGCUAAUGCCGCUGAUGCAGCAGAGACUGAAAGCCAACUUUCUGACAGACACAAGUAUGUCAUGAGCUGAAACGCCAUCCUGGAGUUGCCAGACACCCAUGGAAUUACACCGGGACUGUACGACACCCUGUUAAUACCUGAGGGAAUAUAGUCGAGCAUUUCUGAGGGUUUCGAACAGGGAAAAAAGAAAUAAUUAUGUUUUUGUACAAAAAUUUAAGACAAGGAAAAAAAUACAUAUAAAGAGCUGAAGAUAAACAACCUCUAAAGCUAAAAAUUAGAGGAGGAUGUUUUUGGUUUUUUUUUUAAUUGUUAUUAUUUUUGUUCUGAUAUUGCAGCAAAACAAGGUACAGUAAAAUACGUUCGCUUUCUAGCGACAGAUAUGGCCUUCGGGAUCUUUUGACAAAUGACUGCUUGAGAGUAUUAUCUGGAAACAGAGGAGAGCAUCAGACACACCUCGGAGGUGAGAAGAUGGGAGCUCUUUGUGAAAGAAAGAAAGCGUAUUUUCCUUUGGCAUCACGCUAGAGAUUACUCUGUGGGGCACAAA